AUGGCAGCGGGCUUCUUGUCCGCAGCUGCAGCAGCCUCAGCAGGACGCGAUUGUUUCUCGGUCGGGUUCGCGGCAAGGGUGUCAGCGUUGGGUACAGCAAAGCCCGGCGCAGCAAGUUCUCAGAGUGCUGGCUAG